UCACCUAGAGGAGAAAAGGUGAAAAACUACAUAAAAACUAUCAUUAUGGAUGAAUAAUGUCAAGUAGAAAGUGGCUAAAAUUGCAUGGUGAUCUAAAUCUUGCCAUAAUUGUUACCAUAUAUUAUUUAGUGAUGUGUAUAUAUAUAAACAUACAACCACAACCGCCAACACAGCUGCCACCACAACCUCAACCACAACCGCAACCACAACUGCCAACACAACCACCACCACAACCGCCACCACAACCUCAACCGCCAACACAACCGCAACCGCCACCACAACCUCCAUCACAACCGCCACCACAACCGCCAACGCAACCACCACCGCCACUGCAACCGCCAACACAACCGCAACCUCCAACACAACCGCAACCGCUGUCACCACAACCAUAACCACCAACACAACCACAACCGCCGUCACCACCACAACUGCAACCACAACUGCCAACACAACCGCAACCGCCGUCACCACCCAGGGUUCGUACAGUCUUAAAAAGUGCUUAAAUUUCAGUCCCUUUCUUAAAAAGUGCUUAAAAAUGAUAAAAAGUGCUUAAAAGUCCUUGAAUUUGAUAACUCUCUUGAAAAGUGCUUAAAAAGUGCUUAAAUUCGCUACAAAUGUGCUUGAAAAUAAUUGAAUGACAGACUAGUGUCGGUAAAAAUCAACAAAUAAAAAAACAAAACAAAAAAAACCCGAUCUUGUUUAUGAUAUAUUGAAGUUAGGGGUUUAACAGGGGGCCAUACAACAGGGUGGCAGUUAAGUUUGUAUUUGUUGCUAUCUUUGUUGUUAUUCUAUAGAAACUGUAGCCAGAAAAUGUAUUUUCAACAAGAAAUGACUUAUAAAUUAAUAUUGGUUAAACAUUGUGUAGGAUAUAGACGCAACAAAUUGUGCUUGAAAAAUGGAAAAACAUGCUUAAAAAGUUCUUGAAUUUUGAUACUGGAUGUCUGUACGAACCCUGCCACCACAACUGCAACUGCCAACAUAACCGCCACUGCAACUGUCACCACAACCGCAAGCACAACCGACACCACCACCACAACCGCCAACACAACUGCAACCACCACUGCCACCAAAACCACAACCGCCACCGCAACCAACACAACCGCCACCACCACCACAAUGGCAAGCGCCAACAGAACCGCAACCAUCACCACAACCGCCACCACAACUGUGAAUACCACCACAACCGCAAGCGCCAACAGAACCGCAACCAUCACCACUACCGCCACCACAACUGCAACUGCCGGCACAACUGUGAUGCCGCCAACCCAACCGCACCCGCCACCUCCACCACAAUCACAAACAACACCAAAAACAUAACAGCAACCGCAACCUUCAACACCACCACAACGGCAAAUGUCGUUACAACCGCAUAAUAUACCAAAGUUUUCCAAUAAACUCCCUGACAGUUAUGACAAGAACUCUUUAACAAGUCAUCAUAAGAACUCCAUCCUUCUUGUAACAGUCCCUCCCCCGUGAUUUUGUUUAAUCGUGAUUACGUUAUAUGAUUUAUAUGCGGAUUUUAUUCUUACUUUGACAAAAAUCAACAUUAACAAGACAUCAGACGUUUAAAAUAAUUAAAAUGGUUUUUACAUUUGGGAUAAAAUUGUAGAAAUAAAGUAGAUUUCUAUUUGUAGAACUAUUUUAUGGUAUUUUCUUCUUUCGUUUCAGGACUUAACUCACCGAAACCACUUCCCUCUGCGGGGAUUUAACCCUUUCUACAGCAAUUCUGUGGCGAUGACGUGAAUGUAUUCGAGAAA